AUGCGCACCGCCUUCUUCUUCGCCAUCCUGGCGUCCGCCGCCGGGGCCCCGAGGGACGGUCAUCCUACUGGCCCGGGCCAUCGCAUUCACCACAUCCGGAAGCAACGGGCCAACGAGCGGCGCCGCCGGCUCGAGCAGCGCGAGCACGUCCAAGACUACCUCGCGAGCCCUGAAGCCGCCGCGCAGCACACCAAGCUGCUCGACGAGGUCAAGAAGAUGAAUGUGUCCGAGCGUAUCGCCGCGGCGCUCGUCAAGGUGAUCGAGGAGACGGAGAGCCACGAGGUGCACGCCGAGUUUGGCCGGCGCCUUUCCGCGGCGCCGGGAGCUCCCCCCCCGAUUAGCCCCCCGACUCCGCCGCCGUCCUUUCCUCACGCAUGGGAUGCAGCCGAGCUCGGAUACCUCGACACCCACUUUUCGGACGCCGCGGGGAGCAAGGGAGGCACCCUCCAGUACAUGAUCGACACCGUCUGGAUCAUCACCGCCGCGCUCCUCUGCUUCUUCCUCCAGGCAGGCUUCGGCCUGCUCGAGGCGGGCGCCCUCCGCGCCAAGAACGCCAAGAACAUUAUGCUCAAGAACCUGAUGGACGCCUGCAUCGGCGGGCUCGUCUACUACUGCUUCGGCUACGCCAUCUGCUACGGCGGGGCCUCCCGGCCCGACGGCAUAGACGGCAACGCGUUCUCCGGCGGGGGGCUCUUCAAAUCCACGGAGGGCCACGACGGCAUCUGGUUUGGCGUCGACGUGGGGAUGGACACCGGCGGCUGGUUCCGCACCACGUCAAACUACUGGAUGCUCAUCGACGUCGAGGAGGACGAGUACUACAUCUUCCUCUUCCAAUACGUCUUCGCCGCCACCAUCGCGACCAUCGUCUCGGGCGCGGUCGCCGAGAGGAUCCAGUUCCGCGGAUACCUCAUCUACUCCUUCUUCCUCACCGGCUUCAUCUAUCCGUUCGCCGCGCACUGGACGUGGGACCCGAACGGCUUCAUCAACUCGUGGGGCAUCUGCGACUACGCGGGCGGCAACGCCGUCCACGCCCUCUCCGGCUGCGCCGCCUGGAUGGGUGCAAAGGCACUCGGGCCUCGGAUCGGCCGAUUCGUCGAGGGGACGUCUAAGUCGCUCGUGACGGUCAACUUCAAGCCGGUCGAGCUGGCGCAGCACAACGUGCCGAUGAUGUGCCUCGGCCUCUUCAUCCUCUGGCUCGGCUUCAUCCCCUUCAUCGGCGGCUCCGCUUGCUACGUCAACUUCCAGCUCGGCCGCCUCUGCGUGAUGACGACCCUCUCUGGCUGCUCGGGAGGGUGCGUCCCCCUCGGGGGGGGCUACAUGACCGAGAAGCACGCCUCGCUGGAGCAAACCAUGACCGGGGUUGGCAUCUGCUCCUCGUGCGGCUGCACCACUAUCUGGGCCGCCUUUUGGAUCAUCGCCCCCAUCUCCGUGCUCGCCUACCGCUUCGGCCUCUGGUUCAACAUCUACUUUUGCGGCAAGUUUCUCGGCGGGCCGGCGCCUCUCCCAGAGGCCCGCGACGUGCCACGACACUGCGCCGUAGGCGCCUCCGCGCUGCACUACUGGCCCGGCGUGUGGUCGAUGAUCGCCUGCGGGCUGCUGAGCGACCCCGACAUCUGGGACGCGACCUACGGCAUCGAAUUCAGCGGCCGGACCACAAAAGUAGAGGACUUGACCUUGGACGACUUUUCGGGCAUCUUCUACGGCGGCAACGGCAUGCAGCUGGCGUAUCAGCUCCUUUCGGUCGUCGUGAUCACCCUGUACGGCCUCGCCUCGUGCUUCCUCCUCUUCUACGGCAUGAAGCUGUGCGGCACCCUCCGCGUGCCCGAGGCGGAUGAGCUCGAGGGCCUCGACGCGACGCACCACGGGGGACUGGCCUACACCGACACGGACGUGCACAUCGUCCCCGCGGGGCUCCGCUUUCGCAAGAAGAAGGCCGACAUGGAUGCGACCAAGGACGGGUCGGAGUCGCCGGAGGGCACAGAGUCGCACGAGGCGUGAGAAAGCAAGCUCAUGCGUCCCGCCCCGAGCCCACCCCGCACCGCGUGACUCAGACCCUCCCGCUUCGGGCCAUCCUUGGUCGCGCGGUCGGAGCGGAGCACACGGCAUGGGCAGCGCGACCCGACCGGCUUAGGCUUUCGGAGCAUCAGCUCAAUGUACACUGGCGCCCACCCAUCUCUCGCUCUCGGUAGCCCCCUGAGGCGCGCGUUCUGCUCUAGCCUCUACGUAUGGGGGCGCCCUCGGCAAUCUCUUUCUCGCCUCUUCCCGGCGAUCGCGGAUGAUGCACUUAGUUCUCGAGAGCAAUUCUUCUGUUUCUCGGGCUGUGGUGUGUGUUGCCUGCUGUACAUACGUGGCCCAGUGUAGCAGUCUCAAUGACAAUGUGUGUUCUGAACUCUCGAUCUCUACGGGUGUGAUAUUUCCCUGUUCGUCUUGAUGCAUGAUGGACUUGUCUUCUUGUGUAUUUUUGUAGUAUAGGUAAGAUAUAGGCGAAGAUU